GCGCCUUUUCCCGCACGCUUAGUUAAACGCACGCUCUUUCCCUAUCUUUCUCUCCUAUGUUGGAUCUGUCUCUCCCCCUCUCUCUCUUUCUAUCCUCUUUUAUUUUUAUUUUUUGAAAUUGUUGACAGUUUUUUUUCUCUCCCUUUCUCUUCCUCUGUCAUGUGAAUUUAUAGGUCGAGCUGCUACUCUCUCCCCCAUAGACCUAGGGUUUUUCUCCAGCAAUGGAGGAACGCUCUGCAAAGCGCCGGAAAGCCAAUGAAAGGGGUGAGGAUGAUUAUUUGCCUGGCAACAUCAUCGAAAUUGAGAUACAUAACUUUAUGACAUACAAUCAUCUAAAAUGCAAGCCUGGUUCACGUCUUAAUCUUGUAAUUGGACCAAAUGGAUCUGGAAAGAGUUCUCUUGUUUGUGCUAUUGCUCUGGGCCUCGUUGGCGAGCCUCAGUUAUUGGGAAGAGCUUCGAGUAUUGGGGCAUAUGUGAAACGAGGAGAGGAGAAUGGAUACAUCAAAAUUUAUUUGCGAGGUUACUCUCCAUCAGAGCAAAUAAGCAUAACUCGGAAGAUAGACAUCCAUAACAGGUCCGAGUGGAUGAUCAAUGGUAAGGUUCUACCAAAAAGGGAUGUUCUGGAAGUCAUUCAAAGAUUUAAUAUCCAAGUGGGGAAUUUGACUCAGUUCUUACCACAAGACAGGGUUUGUGAGUUUGCCAAGCUGACUCCCAUACAACUUCUAGAAGAGACUGAAAAGGCGGUUGGAAAUCCAGAACUUCCAGUUCAACACCGUGCUUUGAUUGAUAAAAGUCGAGACUUGAAGAGACUUGAAUUAACUGUCAAGCAAAUGGGUGAUACCUUGAAUCAGCUUAAAGCACUUAAUGCUGAGCAAGAGAAGGAUGUCAAACGUGUUCGUCAAAGAGAACAACUCCUCGCUAAGGUUGAAUCCAUGAAAAAGAAAUUACCUUGGUUGAAGUAUGAUGUGAAGAAAUUGAAGUAUAAGGAAGCAAAAGAGCUAGAGAAAGAUGCGAAAAAAAAGUUGGAUGAAUCUGCUAAGCUCUUGAAUGUGCUUACAAAACCGGUCGAGGAGCAAAAACAAUUGAAAGCAAAGCAAGAUUCUUCUUGUAAAAAAGUUCAAAAAAUUGUGGAUGAAAAUGCUAAGAAGCGUGCUCAGAUUCUAGAAAAAGAAAAUUAUUUGGGUGUCCAAGUUCGUGCGAAGCUCAAUGAAGUUGAGGAGCUAAAUAAGCGGGAGGAAUCUCGGCAAGAAAGGAUUGCAAAGGCCAAAGAGGACCUUGCUGCUGCUGAAUUGGAAUUGUCGAAUCUGUCAACUUUUAAGCCCCCAAGGGAGGAAAUAGAAAGACUAGGUGAUCAGAUUGUGGAACUUGAGGUUGCUGCAAAAGAACAGAGGACUCAUAGGAAGGAUCUGGAGAAUCAUUUAUCUCAGAAGAAAGGAACGCUGAGGCAAUGCAUGGAUAGGCUGAAGGAGAUGGAAAAUGCAAACGUCAAACUCCUUCAGGCAUUGCAGCGAACUGGUGCUGACAAAAUUUUUGAAGCUUAUGAGUGGUUGCAAAGCCAUCGACAUGAGUUGAAGAAGGAUGUCUUUGGUCCUGUUCUUCUUGAGGUUAAUGUCCCAAACAGAGGUCAUGCAGCAUACUUGGAAGGUCAUGUCGCACAUUAUAUUUGGAAGUCCUUCAUAACUCUGGAUCCUGCUGAUCGUGAUCUUCUAGUAAACAAUUUAAAGGCAUUUGAGAUUCCAGUCCUGAACUAUGUAGGCAAUAUAAAUUCUGCCAAGGUGCCAUUUCAAGUUUCAGAUGAGAUGCGGGACCUGGGUAUCACUUCAAGACUUGAUCAAGUUUUUGAGGCUCCUGAAGCUGUGAAAGAAGUUCUGAUUAGCCAAUCUAAGCUGGAUCACUCGUUUAUUGGGUCAGCUGAAGCUGAUAAGAGGGCUGAUGAAGUGGCACGGUUAGGGAUUUUGGAUCUUUGGACUCCGGAAAACCACUAUAGAUGGUCUAAAUCUAGAUAUGGUAACCAUGUAUCUGCUAGUGUUGAAGUGGUGCAUCCAUCACGCCUCUUUUGUUCUAGUUUGGAUUCUAAGGAAGUUGACAACCUUAAAUCUCGGAAAAGAGAUCUAGAGCAGACUAUUCUUGGACUGGAGGAGAACCUUAAAACACUUUUAAGUGAACAAAGGCAAUUGGAGGAUGAAGAAGCAAAACUGCAUAAGCAAAGAGAGGAGAUUGUAAACAUUGCUAAAUUGGAGAGGAAAAAACGACAAGACAUGGAAAAUCGUAUUGACCAGCGGAGAAGGAAACUGAAAUCUAUGGAGGAAGAGGAUGACCUUGAGAUUUCCACAAGAAGGCUCAUUGAUCAAGCUGCUAACCUGAAUGCCCAACGGGUCAAAAAGGCUAUUGAACUUAAGAAUUUGCUUAUUGAAGCCAUUGCCUUGAAGUGGAGCUAUGCUGAAAAGCAUUUCUCAGCUAUUGAACUUGACAUGAAGAUUAGGGAACUAGAAGCAGGCCUCAAAGAACAAGAGAAGGCUGCAUUGCAGGCAUCACAACAAUAUGAGUGUUCCAAAGAAAAUGCAGAGAAAUGCAGACAUGAGCUGCAAGCAGCCAAGGAGCAUGCAGACUCAGUUGCUAGGAUUACUCCCGAACUUGCAGGAGCAUUUCUUGAGAUGCCUACUACAGUAGAGGAACUAGAGGCUUCCAUUCAAGAUAGUAUUUCUGAGGCCAAUUCUAUUCUUUUCCUUAAUCACAAUGUUUUGGAGGAAUAUGAAAAUCGACAGUUUCAGAUAAAUCAAAUUUCUGAAAAACAUGAAGCAGAUAGCAAGGAACUGGAUAAUUGUUUAUCAGAAAUCGAGUCCCUCAAGGAAAAGUGGCUACCAACAUUGAAGGACCUUGUCGCCAGGAUUGGUGCAACCUUCAGCCGCAACUUUCAGGAGAUGGCUGUAGCAGGAGAAGUUACACUCGAUGAGCAGGGCACAGAUUUUGAUAAAUAUGGGAUACUUAUCAAAGUCAAGUUCAGGCAAACAGGACAGCUUCAAGUGUUAAGUGCUCAUCAUCAGUCCGGAGGGGAGCGUUCUGUUUCAACUAUUCUCUACCUUGUUUCUCUGCAAGACAUAACAAACUGCCCUUUCCGUGUGGUUGAUGAGAUCAACCAAGGUAACACACACGCUCAGAGAGAGAGAGAGAGAGAGAGAGAGAGAGAGACAGAGAGUACAUGGAGCUGCGGGGACUGUUGGGGAACAGUAAUGGGUUUGAGGAGUGAAGAAGAAGCAAUGUGA